AUGACCCGAGCAAGAAAGAGCUUUCCGGCGCCUGACGAAGAAGGGUCGACGCCGUUCGUCGAUGUGAACCCUCUGCACAGGGUCCCGCUGGUUUUUGUGAACCUGCUGAUCUUCGCAAUGGCCUGCAUGGUCGCCUUCGCCUGCAUCGUGUCCAUUGUGGAGCGUCGUCACGAGAUCUCGUUCCGUCGCCGGUCCCUGCUGGUCAGCUUCCUGGUCAACCGGGACAUCUCGGCGCUGACCAGUUCGGGCCUGCUGAUGGUCAUCAGCUUCACGGGCUUCGUCGGGGCGCUGCGCGAGAACGCCUGCUUCCUGCGCUGGUACGUCCGAGGUGCCUGUGUGCUCAUCGCUCUGGAUUUACUCUACAUGGCCGCCACUGUCGCCCUGCCUCUGGUCACCAAGAGUACUGCUCAGAGCGUCUUCACCAUCGAGCUUAUCGUGAGCUACCGAGAUAACCAGGACUAUGCACGACUCGUAGACUAUGCCCAGUCGGCCUUCCAGUGCUGCGGCGUGACGAGCGAUCGUUACCGAGACUGGGACCAGAACCUGUACUUCAACUGCUCCAAGACCAACCCUAGCGUGGAACGUUGUUCCGUACCGGCGUCCUGCUGCCGCCCGCCAGAGGGCGACGACAUCGACAUCGACACUCGCCUCAAGCGGCGCUACUGUGGCAGUGAAGUGCUCGCUGGUACCGAGCAGGAGGCCUGGGACAAGAUCUUCACGCGAAACUGCGUGGACGCGUUCCAGUCAUACGUCGGGACGCACACCUUCCUGAUGGUCGGCGUUGGUCUGGCCAUAUUCGCGGUGAUCGCCAUGCUGCGCCUCCUAGCGGCCACCGUUCACGACGAGAUCAUCUCGCUGACGCACGUGUAUGGCCGUUACUACAGCAAGAUCGACCACGGCUACCCCGAGUGGCUCGCUCAUCGCGAAGUCCUCGAAGAAGUGGGCGCCUACCGAGAACCGCUUGGUCAUGAGAAAGAAGCGGCCUAG